AAUUCGAUAAAUAGAGUAAAUUUAAAAAGUAAGAAGAAUGAUAGUGUAUAAUGGAAUAUAGUGAAUAUACUGUUAAAGUAAAGAUGUACUAUUAUAGAAACCAAUUUUGAAGUUUCGGUUGAAAACUCAAAGAAUAAUGUUUAUAAUCAAUAAAUCAGGAAAAUUAUUGAAAACUGGUUUACAUAAUGAUUAUUUCCAGGCCUGAUUAUAUUAAGUUAUAUGGGGAAUCAUCAACUGGUAGAAAGACAGUGUAAACAAUUAGCAUAUUGAUAUAAACAGCAAGAUGCAGGUCACUUAUGACUUUGACGAUAUGAUGUUACUUCCUCGGGAAUGUACAGUACUAAGUCGGGCAGAUUGUGACGUUUCAGCAAAGCUGGGGAAAUUUACCUUCAAAAUUCCCUUAAUGGCCUCAAAUAUGCCCACGAUAAUGAACGAGACGAUCGCAAUUGAGCUUGCGAAGAGGAAUUACUUCUAUGUGAUGCACAGGUUUGGGAUUAACACCUUUGAGUUCGCCCAUAAAAUGCGCAGCUUGGGACUCUAUGUAUCAAUUGCAGUUGGUGUCAAGGAGGAGUCUUACAAAGUUGUUAGCGACCUUAAGGAGAGUAAUUUAGUCCCUGAAUUUAUCACCAUCGACAUUUCCCACGGACAUAACCCUAGGGUUAAGGGUAUGAUCGAACACAUCCGUGCCAAUUUCGGCAAUGAAACGUUCGUCAUCGCCGGGAACGUCACAACCCCUCAGGGUAUUAAGGAUAUGGAGGACUGGGGUGCCGAUGCCAUUAAGGUAGGCUUGGGUCCCGGGCAUGCCUGCACAACUUCUCCCAGAACCGGGUUCGGAUCUAGGGGCUGGCAACUUUCUGCUGUGGCUGAAUGUGCAAAAUAUGCCACUAGGGCUGUAGUAAUUUGCGACGGAGGCGUAUCAAAAUCAGGCGAUAUCGCAAAGGCUAUCCAUAUGGGAGCCGACUGGAUAAUGUCCGGGUACCUCUUCUCAGGGACCAUUGAAGCCCCUGGUGAAGUCGUUGUUAAGGACGGAGUUAAAUACAAGCCCUACUACGGGAGCUCGAGCGUAGUUGCCAAGAAGGUUAACCACAGAAUCGAGGGUCUAGAGCUUCUCGUCCCUUGCGAAAAUUCACUUUUCGAGAGACUCAGAGAAAUCGAGGAGGAUUUGCAGUCGUCAGUUUCAUUUGCAGGCGGUAACAAACUCAAAGAUCUCAGAAAUGUCGACCAUGUUCUCAUCAACUCCCGCCCCCAAAAUCCUCAUAAUUAAGAAAUUAUGAAUUUAAACAGUUGUAAUCUUUCCUUUUUA